AUGAUGACGAACAUUGCAAAGUUGCAUGUGAAAGAUACCUCCAAAGAUACUACUUACAUUCGCCCCUUUUCAACUAAGUUUGAUUAUGACUUAUUUCGUUCAUUUUUAGCUCUUUCUGCUAAGUUAGGGUUUCAUAUCAAUCACUUACAAUUUACUGACCCAUGCCAUGAUGCAGUGCUCAGAAGUACUGAUGAAAUUUAUGUGAAACAGCCCCCAUUAUUCAAUUCCUCUACAUACCCAAACCAUGUUUGGAAAUUGAAGAAGCCAAUUCCUGGAUUAAGGAUUAUUCCAUUACGUUGGGCUGAAACAAUAAAAGAAACUUUAAUUUAUCUUGGGUUUAAAGAAGCAACUGCUACAAGAUUUUUUUUCAAGCACAUUCCCAAUGACAUUAUACUUGCAUUUCCAUAUGGUGAAAAUGUAUUAUUUGCUUCGUCAGAAACUAGUAUCCUAACUGAACUAAAGAAGAAGUUAAAAAAACGUUUUUCUUAUAAAGAUCAAGGCGAAUUAAAAAAAAUCUUUGAUUUAAAUAUUAUGAACAAGCCUAAACACUAUAUUUCAAUCACAUGUGAUGAUUAUGUGAGCACUUUAAUUGAACAUUUCGAUAUGACUGUUGAAAAACCAAUUUUAAAACCAUUGCCAUCAAAAUUUGAUUUUACUGAUAAUUCUUCACCAUAUUUAGAAAAAAAUACUGAAUACCAUAUUGUACUAGGUUAUUUAACACAUAUCUCAGAUAUCGCUCGACCUGAUAUCUUAAGUUAUGUUAAUUUACUAUCAAAAUAUGCGAAAAAGCCUCGUGCAAUUCAUUUUAAUGCAACUCUUCAAUUGUUAGGGUACGUUUUUACAACGAGAAACUUAUCAAUUAGAUAUACAUAUAAAUCUCCGGAUACAAUUAAAUUAUACAGUAGUGGUUCUGAAAUUUUAGCUCUAAAUAAAACGUCGUUCACUUACAGUAAUAUGAUACUUUUAGGAGACUCACCAAUAUCUUGGUAUUCCAAACAAAUUUCGGUCUUUAAAUGUACAUCAUUGCCUGAUGCUGAAAUAUUUGCUGCUGGUGUGGCUGUAAGGGAAGUUGACUGGCUAGAUUAUUUGAUAGAGGAAAUAAAUUAUCACUCAUUAGGAUUGAUGAAAAAGGUGUCCAUUAUGACAAACAAACCUGAACUGAGAUUUAAGGAGAGCAAUUCUUACGAGACAUUUUCAUAUAAAGUAAAAGUACGUUACGCGAUUGUUCAAGAGGCACUAAUACUUAAAACUAUUAUAUUAAUUAAUAUUCCGGAUUCAGAACAUAUCGCAAAAAUACUGACAGACGUUAUUCCUUACAAAAAAUUUUUAACUUUACGUAAAAAGAUCUUGGUAAAGGAUAGCCAAAACAGGCCAUUGUAUUUCAUGGAGGAUUUGAGUUCCGAAGGCCUUAAUUAA